AUGACUUUGCCGAAUCUCCCCAACUACUCUCCACGACCGUCGUGCCAUCGCCGUCUGGACGCGGAGCCGCCAGGGUCCCUCUUGGACGUGGUGCAGGCACACCCGUUUACACCAUUGAUUCGGCGCGCAAUGGCCGCGCUCGCCAUUCCGUCUGGGCCUGUGUUUGGCAGUGGAUUCACCUUUCCAACGAAACGAGAGCUCGCCAAGCUGAUAGCACAAGCCCAGGCUCCCGUCUGUGCCAAGGUCACGCCAACAUUGCUGGUGCUGUUGACAUUACACGUCAAGUUGCUUCGAUACGUGCAGGAACUGAGCCACCGCAUCAGCGAAACCCUCGCGCGGAGUUCCCUUGUGCGAACAAGCAGCAGCAGCACAUGCAGCAGCAGCAGCCCACUCUCCAUCAAGAGCUGCGACUCGGACGAUGACGAGCGAAAGGUGAAGAGGGCACGCCUGGCUCGGCAAUCGAACGAAUUCAUGACGGCCUGGUUCCUCGCCCACAAGAGCAACCCGUACCCCACGGCAAAAGAGCGUGCUGAAAUCGCAGCGUUGACCCAUCUCAGCGACACACAAGUGAAGAAUUGGUUUGCCAACAUGCGAAAAAGACACUGGAAACCUCCUCAGCCAGACAAGAAACCGCGGUGCUUUAUCGACGUGAUGCUGCGUCGCGACCCAACUCAUGAAGGUUAA